AGAGUCACUCCUGCCGGGCACACCCGGAAGUUUGGCGUCUUCAGCCAAUCAGCGCGGCCGGCCCACGGCGUCCCGGGAAGUGCCUCCAGGAGUUCCCAUGUCCGAAGCGGACGCUCCCCCUCCCGGGGCUGAUCCCGACGCUGAGGCUGAGGGCGGCUCCGAGGAAGACUCCGAUAUGGAGCUGCUGCGGAACCUCCUGGCACGGACGCUGGGGUUGGGCACGGAGCCGCCGGAGCGCGUUCUGGAUGAGCUGUCGCUGGCGGGAAUCGCCCGGUUCAUGCAAAGCGAGCGCUGCCGCCGUGUGGUGUGCAUGGUGGGCGCCGGCAUCUCCACGGCCGCCGGGAUCCCCGACUUCCGCUCACCCGGAACCGGGCUGUACGCCAACCUGGGCCGCUACGAACUGCCCUACCCCGAGGCCAUCUUUGACAUCAGCUAUUUCAAGCAACACCCAGAGCCUUUCUUUGCGUUGGCUAAGGAGCUGCUCCCAGGGCAGCUGAAGCCCACCGUUUGCCACUACUUCAUGCGGCUGCUGAAGGAGAAGGGGCUGCUGCUGCGCUGCUACACACAGAACAUCGACACGCUGGAGCGCGUGGCGGGGCUGCAGCCCGAGGAGUUGGUGGAGGCUCACGGCACCUUCCAAACCGCGCACUGCCUGCGCUCCUCCUGCCGGCAUCAGUAUGACCUGAGCUGGGUGAAGGAGAAAAUCUUCUCUUCCCUCGUUCCCAAGUGCGACAAAUGCCAGAGCGUGGUGAAGCCAGACAUCGUAUUUUUUGGUGAGAAUCUUCCAUCUCGCUUCUUCAGUCUUCUGCAGUCGGACUUCCAGAAGGUUGAUCUUCUCAUCAUCAUGGGCACUUCACUGCAGGUCCAGCCCUUCGCCUCCCUUGUUAGCAGGGUCCCUGCCAGCACCCCCAGGCUCCUCAUCAACAAGGAGAAAACAGGGCAGAGCGAUGUCUUCAUGUCCCUCAUGGGCUUCGGCUGCGGGAUGGACUUCGACUCGGACAAAGCCUACAGGGACGUGGCCUGGCUGGGGGACUGCGAUGAGGGCUGCCUGGCACUGGCAGAGCUGCUGGGCUGGAAGAAGGAGCUGCAGGAGCUGGUGAGGAAGGAGCACGCCGCCAUUGACGCCGUGGCAGCCCCGGAGGACACGAGCAGCGCCUCAGGGGGAGACCCCACGUCCCGGAGGGGCCGCACCGAUGGCUCGGGGGGCCGCGCUGAGAGCGGCGGAGCUUCCAGCGAACAGAGGGGGGACGGCAAAGAGCCGUGAGAGGAGCGAUGGGGACAUUAAACAGCGGCGCAGACAUA